AUGGCCACUUCAAGGCUCGACCGGCUAGUCACCUUGCUGGACAAGGGCAGCACACAACUAAUACGAAACACUGCUGCCCAGCAACUUGCUGAUGUCCAGAAACAAAACCCAGACAAUCUCUUUCCGCUGCUGGGAAGAGUCCUCCCAUACCUACAAUCAAAAUCCUGGGAUACUCGCACCGCCGCCGCCAAAGCUCUGGGUGGCAUUCUUGAGAAUGCCGAAAAGUUCGAUCCCAACUCCGACGAUGCAGACCCCAAGUCAGAGGCGAUCAAGUCCGAGGAUUCGAGCAUCAAGCUCGAGGACAAGGGCAUUGAAGCAGACGACCUACUUCACCUGGCAACUCUCGACAUCAAGAUGAUUCUCAAUUAUGGCAAGAAGCUGCUUGGGAGUGCCGGGAAAGAGUACGAGUACUCCAUGGCCAACAUGACUCCUGCUCAACGAUUGGCACACCAGAAACAGAAUCUCACUGCCCGUCUGGGUCUUGGUGGUGAGUAUAUCGAAGAAGAUCUGGUGAAUGAACAUGACUUUGCCGCUGGCUCUCAAGCAAAGCGAACGUCAAAUCCCGGUUUGGCCCGCGUUGAUACGAAAUCUGGUGCUACGCGACCAGACGACUUCGGUUCAGCAUCUCCGCUUACCGCGCUCUCGCCUUCGGAGAGCAACGGACACGCUCUGUCAGAAGAGGCCGGAUUGAGUAAACGGCAACUCAAUCAACUCAAACGCAAGAACAAAUCUGCUGCGAAAGCUGGUGCCAGUAAGAUGCGCGUGGUCGACCUAUCUGUACGUCGCACGUCCGAGCCCAAUCAAACUCCGGUCUCUGCAACACCUCACGCGGUCAAGCUGAACGGACAUGACGAAGCCAACGGAGAUUCGACGCCAGACUAUUUCUCCAUCAAGCGAGAGGGGCCCGAUGACGAUACAGCACUCAUCUCGGAGUUCAAAGGAGAAGAAAUGUCGGAGAAGCCCCUGAUACAGCCAGAUGAGGAACAUGCCCGUGAUUGGCCCUUCGACGUCAUGUGUGAUUUUCUUUCCAUCGACCUCUUCGAUCCCCAUUGGGAAAUUCGGCACGGCGCAGCAAUGGGACUUAGGGAAGUGCUGCGGGUACAUGGCAAGGGUGCAGGUCGACGCUACGGAAAAUCGAGAGCCCAGAAUGAUCUAGCCAACAAACGCUGGCUAGAUGAUCUUGCAUGUCGACUGCUCUGUGUCCUGAUGCUGGACCGUUUCGGUGACUAUGUUUCUGAUACUGUUGUUGCCCCAAUUCGCGAGUCGAUAGGACAGACUCUGGGAGCCCUACUUACCCAGUUACCGGAUGAAACUGCUGUUGCAGUCUACCGUUUUUUGCAGCAGAUGAUCAAUCAGACUGAUACUGGACUGAAACAGCCCAUUUGGGAGGUCUGCCACGGCGGAAUGAUCGGACUUCGUUAUUUCGUUGCAGUCCGGAAAGAUCUUCUUCUUCAGGAGCCCGACCUGAUUGAUGGAGUUGUUUCCGCGGUUGUCCGCGGUCUUGCUCACCCUGACGAUGAUGUGAAGUCGGUUAGUGCCGCAACGUUGGUUCCUAUUGCUGGCGAACUUACGACGAUGCGACCUCAAUCCCUGGGACAGCUUAUCAGCGUGGUGUGGGACUGUUUGCUUGACAUGCAAGAUGAUCUCAGUGCCAGUACCGGUGCUGUGAUGGACCUUUUAGCCACCCUGUGUUCGUAUGAACAAGUGGUGGAUGCGAUGCGCUCAAACGCAGAGGAGGAUCCAGAGCAGUCGUUUGAGUCACUUGUACCGCGUCUCUACUUCUUCCUGCGGCACACUAUCACAAGCGUUAGGAUGGCGGUACUUAAGGCGUUGGCAACAUUUUUAAGCCUUUCCAACUCGGGCAAUAUGGGUUGGGUUGGUGGUCGAGUGACUAGACUGAUCUUCCAGAAUAUGCUGUUGGAGAGAAAUGAGGGUGUCCUCUGGAAAUCGUUUGAAGUGUGGCAAGCACUCAUUGCUUUCAUGGACCGUCAAGGACUGGAAAACUUUCUCCCAAGUCUCGAGCCUCAUAUCACGGCAAUGGUCAAGGCUACGAUCCAACCAAUCGGUCAACCACGAAACCCGAUUCCAAUGGAUAUUUCACUUCUAAUUAAGCCCUCAGGUGCGCCGAUGGCUGCAAUUCCGUCAAAGCACCGAAGAACCUCGGAUUCAGAUCAACAGCCAAAGAAGCGACGCAAGUUGGAGAAGACAGAGUCGGCCCCAGUUCAACAGCCGUCCCACAACACAGAUGGACACAUGCUGCACGGCGACGUUGAGCUGGUGGGCAUGGAAGUCAUGCUACGAACAAGAAUAGCCUGCUCUCGGGCCCUUGGCCUUCUGUUAGGCAAACAGGAUCAGUCUACGAUCUCCGCAUUUUGGGCAAGUCUCGUGCCAGCCACCAGCUCCGAGAACUCCAGCUCGAGGCUAUUCUCUGCAAUGGUUCUCGAAGAGGUUGCUAAGCACGAAACCUCCAAGCCUCUCAAUACCUCCGCAAUCCUAGCCGACCUGCAAAAGGUCCUCGACAACGACGGCAGCAACUGGUAUGCAGAUAUUGUGUCAUCAUUGCAGGCUGCGAGGGGCCAAUGUCAGGCUCUUAUUAGCGCGUUCCAAAACAAUGCACACGUGCCUCGGGACCGCCUGCCGGCGAUAGCAGUCGUCUGCCAGGGUACCACUGGUGCUGGCCCGAAAGCUUUUUCACUUGAAGAUGCCGAGAGAAUCGUCACAACAGAUUUCGAUCGUCUCAUCAAAGGCCUAACUCCUGCACAAAGAGUCUCGGGCACACAGUACUUGAAUGAUGCACGCGCGAACGCUAAGGCAGCCGUGGACGAGGCACGAAAAAUCAAGGAUAGUCGAGAAAUGGCCAUCAAAGCCACCGUGGCAUCGGUCUUUAUCAGACUGGGUGAGAUCCCCAAGAAGCCUGGCCAACUGAUUAAGUGCAUGAUGGACAGCAUCAAGGGCGAAGAAUAUGAGGAUUUGCAGGCCCGUUCUGCCUCCGCUGUUGCCGGCCUCAUCGACUUCUACACUGCGAGUCCCAAACGGGGCCCAGUGGACAAGCUAGUUUCAAAUCUUGUCAAGUUCACAUGCGUUGAUACAUCCGAAACGCCCGAAUUCCCUCCCAACCGCAGUUUCGAGGACGUCGUGCUCUCUUUGCGGAAAGAAGAAGACCGGAAGGACCACCCGGACGCCGCUCGCUUUGAACAAGAAGCAAAAGAGGCCAGAAUUAUGCGCCGAGGGGCGAAGCGAGCUUUGGACGAGCUGGCACAAUCAUAUGGAGCUGCACUAUUGGAGAAAUUACCUAUAUUGCAAUCUCUCAUCGAAGGGCCCGUACGACAACUGAUUGGUUCUGCCGAUCCGGCCACUUUGACGGUUGACGAUGAACAAGGACAGUCGCUGAUUGACGCUUUAUCUGCCCUCCGGACUCUCCUGCCAACACUGGAUCAUGCUCUGUACGCCUGGGUUCUGUCGUUAAGCCCACUUAUUGGCAAAGCCAUGCGUAGCAGACUCUCCGUGAUCCGAUACAGUGCUGCUAAAUGUUUCGCGACAUUGUGCAGUGUCAUACCUGUCGAAGGCAUGACUACGCUGGUCCAAGAAAUCUUGCCGAACAUCAGUAACCCACUUGAUCUUCGCGACAGACAAGGCAUCACGGAGUGUGUCUACCACCUCAUCAGCGUCAUGGGAGACAGGAUCCUGCCAUAUGUGAUCUUCUUGAUCGUACCUGUUUUGGGCAGAAUGAGCGAUGCUAAUAACGAUAUUCGUCUCCUGGCCACGACAUCCUUCGCCACCUUGGUCAAGCUGGUUCCACUAGAGGCCGGCAUUCCAGAUCCCCCAGGAAUGCCCGAAGCCUUGCUUCAAGGAAGGGAGAGAGAGCGCAAGUUCAUGUCACAAAUGCUCGACCCCAAGAAAGUUGAGCCUUUCCAAAUCCCAGUCGCUAUCAAAGCGGAACUACGUUCAUAUCAGCAAGACGGUGUCAAUUGGCUGGCCUUCCUCAACAAAUACAAUCUUCAUGGCGUGCUUUGUGACGACAUGGGGCUGGGGAAAACUCUCCAGACACUCUGUAUUGUUGCGAGCGAUCAUCACAUCCGUGCUGAAGAGUAUGCCAAAACGCAAGCCCCGGAUAUGAGACGACUUCCUUCGCUUAUAGUGUGCCCGCCAACAUUGUCUGGCCAUUGGCAGCAGGAAAUCAAACAGUACGCACCGUUUCUGAAAUGUGUUGCCUAUGUGGGCUCACCGGCCGAGAGGAGCAGUCGUCGCAACCUCCUGGAAGCUGCAGAUGUUGUAAUCACCUCUUAUGAUGUUUGCCGAAAUGACAGUGACGUUCUCACGCCAAUCACGUGGAAUUAUUGUGUCCUUGAUGAAGGACAUCUCAUCAAGAAUCCGAAAGCUAAGAUUACUCAAGCGGUGAAGAAAAUUGUGAGCAAUCAUCGACUCAUUCUUUCUGGAACGCCAAUUCAGAACAACGUACUGGAGCUGUGGUCACUCUUUGAUUUCCUCAUGCCCGGAUUUCUGGGCACAGAAAAGGUCUUCCAAGAUCGGUUUGCGAAACCCAUUGCUGCUAGUCGCAAUGCCAAAUCAUCCUCAAAGGAACAGGAAGCUGGCGCAUUGGCUAUCGAAGCACUCCACAAACAAGUGCUUCCUUUCCUCCUGCGACGUCUCAAGGAGGAGGUCCUCAACGAUCUGCCACCAAAGAUUUUACAGAAUUACUAUUGCGACUUGAGCGACCUGCAGAAACGGCUGUUCGAAGACUUCUUCAAGAAGGAACGCAAGACGGUGGAAAACAGCGUGGGUUCGUCCGAUAAGGAGGCGAAACAGCACAUCUUCCAGGCGCUGCAGUACAUGCGCAAGCUGUGCAAUUCCCCCGCUCUUGUCGUCAAAGAAGGCAACACACAGUAUGAUACAAUCCAGAAACAACUUGCUGCGUCCAAAUCCAGCUUGCGCGAUGUUGCUCACGCGCCAAAGCUAAGUGCGUUGCGAGAUCUGUUGGUCGAUUGUGGUAUUGGAGUUACAAGCGAUUCCAACGAGAUGUCUGCGUCGAACUAUGUAUCUCCACACCGAGCACUCAUUUUCUGCCAAAUGAAGGAAAUGCUUGACAUGGUGCAGAAUGAGGUGCUGGGAAAACUUCUUCCGAGUGUCCAGUUUCUGCGACUUGACGGCAGUGUCGAAGCGACCAAGCGUCAGAACAUUGUCAACCAAUUCAACAACGAUCCUAGCUACGACUGCUUGCUCUUGACCACCAGCGUAGGUGGCCUAGGACUCAACCUUACCGGAGCAGACACAGUCAUCUUUGUCGAACAUGACUGGAACCCACAGAAGGACAUUCAAGCCAUGGACCGCGCUCACCGUAUCGGACAGAAAAAGGUUGUUAAUGUUUACCGUCUGAUCACCCGUGGCACACUCGAGGAGAAGAUCCUGAAUCUGCAACGCUUCAAAAUUGAUGUCGCCUCUACUGUCGUCAAUCAGCAAAAUGCUGGCUUGGGUAGCAUGGAGACGGAUCAAAUUUUGGAUUUGUUCAAUCUUGGAGAGACGUCAGAGAAUGGCCCUGAGGGUGCCGCCAGUGGAAAGGAUGAAGACAUGGUGGAUAUGGCCACUGGAGAGGUCAAGAAGAAGGGCGAAAAGGGUUGGCUCGACGAUGUCGGUGAACUCUGGGAUGAAAGGCAAUACGAGGAAGAGUUUAACCUGGACUCUUUUGUCCAGAAUUUGCAGAAAUAG